CAGUUUCGCGACAUGAAAGGCAAGUGUCGAGCGACACUUUUAUCUGUCGAAAAUAUGUCAUUUCUGUCGAGCAACACUUAUCAAAAGUGUCGAGGGACCUGCCAUAACCAGCCUGUACUGCGCAACCGUUGCCAGGAAGUGACGUUGCCCAGAUACAAGGCACUAGCAUUUUGUUUUAAAUGCAGCUUUACGUUUAAUUUACUUGUCUCCUGGACGGAAUAAACAUCCUGUAAAGGACAACAUGCAGCGGAAAAUGCAAAUAUAACGCGACAAACUGUUUAUGGUGCGGCCCUUUGCCAGGUCCAGUGUUUACUUGCAUCUGUUGAAACGUUGGGCAGACUGCCAUGUUCAACCCCAGUGAACUAGAAGGUGAAGUGGAUCACUCAUUUUUUGACAGUGACUGUGAUGAUAGCCAAGUCAGUAGAGAUGGAAGGAAGAAGAUAGAUGGAAACUUGAAGACUGAGAAGGAGACGCCACCAGCACGUGAGAGGCUACAUGCAAAUACAGCUGGUGGUUUGUCCCCGAGGACUGAUCGGGCAAAAAAGCACCUGAAGCGAGUGGAGGACAACAGUAGUAGUGGAGCAGAAAGGAAAGAGAACAGCCGACAGUCAAAGGAAGAAGUGAGGAGCAGGACGUCCAGCAUAUCAUCUGUUGCCUCUGCAUCACAUAAAGUAAACAAUAAUAGCAAUGAUGGUAAGGAAGACUCUAAAAAGUCCAGUGGAACAUUUAUGGCUUUGUUGGCCGAGGCCAGAGUGGUAGAUGAUGAGGAUGUGAUUGAAGAAGAAGUGUUAUCAUCCAAUCCCAAAUGUUCAGGCUCAAAGGGGAGGAAUAAAAGAUCUCCUACACAAUGCCGCCGAAGUCCAUCUCCCACUUCAAGCGAGAUCAGCACAGACACAGACUCAGUAAGGUCCUGUAGCAGUUUAGAGCCUCCCAGGCCCAGCAAGCCUUCUUUAUCCCGUGGAAUGAGAAGGACCAGAGUGGGCUCAGUGAGAUCUCGAAAUUUGCCACCGCUCUGUACAGAGCAGUCAGACGGUACAGUGACAGAUGUGAGCCCCCUCUCAUCUCCUGACAUCAGCCCUCUCCAGUCCUUGGACCUGAACCGCACGGAGGGUGAAGAUGGGAGCCUUAAAGAGCAGCAGCAGGCGAGUGUGCCCUCCACUGGCCUUAGUAACAUACAUCGAGAUGACUCAGAUCCGGAUGUGGAUGAGUGCUCUCUCAGCUCAGGGAGUCAGCUCGGCGGUAAAGUGGUCUACAGCUAUCCGGGAGGGAGGAACAGGAAGAACUACUCCUUCACCAAUGAUGAGGUCCGGCGCAUAGAUCGUGAGAACCAGCGACUUCUUCGGGAGCUGUCACGCAUUUCACCAACAUCCAGACCAGGAAGUGCAGCGGGAAGGAAAUCCUACACAGCGAAAAAAAACUUGCCUGUCGUUCUCCGCUCUCACAGCGCACUCAAGAGGCAGAAGGAACAGCAACGCAUCGAGAGAGAUAACCUGGCUUUCCUGAAGAGGCUGGAGUCCGCCAAGCCUUCACCUGGACUGAAGCGCUCAGAACAACUGGCAGACUAUCACCGCCUAGUCGGAUACCCGGGAGCUGCUCAAUCCUCCAUCUAUACAUCCACCACAAAUAAAGAGAUGCCCACCAGUAAAGAGAGGACUACCAGCAAGGGAAUCAAAAGGCAGCGGGAACAGCAACGCAUCGAGAGGGACAACCUGGCUUUCCUGAAGAGGCUGGAGUCCGCCAAGCCUUCACCUGGACUGAAGCGCUCAGAACAACUGGCAGACUAUCACCGCCUAGUCGCAUACCCAGGAGCUCCUCAAUCCCCCAUCUAUACAGUAUCCACCACAAAUAAAGAGAGGUCCACCAGCAAAGAGAGGUCCACUACCAGGAAAGCCUCAGCAGGUAAGUGUCCUAGGCCGGCCAGUGCCGCCCACCACAGCACCAGAGCAGUUUCCAUCACCAGUGACUCCAGCAGUACACCUGUACCCAGGUUAAAAAAACUCAGCACAGCCCGACCAGCUUGGUGCUGAGGACAUUGCUGUUUCCAGCCAUCUGAUGUACAAAGAAGCGCAUCACUGGGUCCUAUUGACAAUAUCCGUUGUUUGUUGCACUUGAGAAAUGUUUUUACGCAAUUAAAAAUGUAUUAGUGUUGCUUUAUAUAUUGUUCCAUAAUAAAUAAAGCUGCUUAUUUUGCCA